AUGGGUUGCGGAAUGAGUACCGAGGAUAAGGAGGGGAAGGCCCGUAAUGAGGAGAUCGAAAACCAGCUUAAACGCGACAAGAUGAUGCAGCGCAACGAAAUCAAGAUGCUUUUGCUCGGAGCGGGAGAGUCUGGCAAGUCGACAAUUCUGAAGCAAAUGAAACUGAUCCAUGAGGGUGGAUACUCGCGCGACGAAAGAGAGUCUUUCAAGGAAAUUAUCUACAGUAACACGGUCCAGUCGAUGCGAGUCAUUUUGGAAGCGAUGGAAUCUUUGGAACUGCCCCUCGAGGAUGCCCGUCACGAGUACCACGUUCAAACCAUCUUCAUGCAGCCCGCUCAAAUCGAAGGUGACAACCUUCCUCCGGAGGUCGGAAAUGCGAUUGGAGCUCUGUGGCGCGACAGUGGUGUGCAGGAGUGUUUCAAGAGGUCUCGCGAAUACCAACUGAACGACUCUGCCAAAUACUACUUUGAUGCCAUUGAGCGCAUUGCCCAGCCCGAUUAUCUUCCUACGGACCAGGAUGUACUCCGUUCUCGUGUCAAGACUACUGGUAUCACUGAGACCACAUUCAUCAUUGGCGAUCUGACAUACCGGAUGUUCGACGUCGGUGGUCAACGUUCCGAACGGAAGAAGUGGAUCCACUGUUUCGAGAAUGUCACCACGAUCCUUUUCUUGGUCGCCAUCUCCGAGUACGACCAGCUGUUGUUCGAAGAUGAGACCGUCAACCGUAUGCAGGAAGCCCUCACUUUGUUCGAUUCCAUCUGCAACUCCCGGUGGUUCGUCAAGACAUCCAUCAUUCUCUUCCUCAACAAGAUCGAUCGUUUCAAGGAGAAGCUGCCCGUCAGCCCUAUGAAGAACUACUUCCCUGACUACGAGGGUGGUGCCGAUUAUGCUGCCGCUUGUGACUACAUCCUCAACCGCUUCGUGUCCCUGAACCAAGCAGAGCAGAAGCAGAUUUACACGCACUUUACGUGUGCCACUGACACUACACAAAUUCGAUUCGUCAUGGCUGCAGUAAAUGACAUCAUCAUCCAGGAGAACCUCCGACUCUGUGGUCUGAUCUAA